UGUCACACUCUCCCUGAAUGCUUUCAACCACUUUACAUCACUCAAGCUACUACAGCCUCACGCUGACUCAGAACACUAACGGUGGAAACAUGGCAAGCUGCAAAAUGUGUUUUCUGGCAGCUCUGUGCUCCCUUGUCAUCCUCACAGCCUUUAUCAGUGGCACAGAGUCAGCGAGCUGCUGCCUGAGAUACGCCAGGCGUCCGUUGCCAUGCAAACAGCUGCUGGGAUACAGCAUCCAGACAAUCAACACUUUCUGUGACAUCAACGCCGUUAUCUUUCACCUUCCAGAAAGGUUUGUGUGUGCUGACCCUUCAAUGCGCUGGACCCAGAGAGGGAUGAAGUGUGUAGAUGAACAGAGGAAGAAGGAUGCUCAAAUCAUAAAGGAAAAAACUCCCAUCAUCACCACAACAGCAUAAUGCCAUCACAUCAGUUCAUGUCUGCACGAACAUGUAACAUUUUAUUCAGUCUAGUGCCUCCGAACCCAGUUUGAUACAGGGAAAAAUGUAUUGUUAUUGUAAUGACUCACAUUCUACACUUUUGACACUAUUUAAAUUAUUAUAUAUCAGAGACGAUGAUAUAAAUUUUGUUACAUUCUGUAAUUGUAUUCUGUUUUAUAAACAGGGGUAUGUAGUAUUGUUAAUAUAUAUAUAUAUAUAGAGAGAGGAAACUCAUUGCUUUUCAUUCUCUUUUGCAAUUUCAAAUUUUUUGGUGAUGUUUGCCA